GGCGACAGUCACGAAAUUUGAAAUGUGGAUUGCUGUCGAUAACCUAAGAAAACAAAGUCUGCUGGAUAAAUUGUCGCAGCCAGUAUUUGCUGCUUUUAAAAAUAAAUUGUGCUCCUGCCGUAGCACGUUACUAACAACCUACGCUGCCUUUCUUUUCGACCUUUGGCUGUUUUCCAUCGGGUUAUGGCUGCGUUGGAUGAGCAAGACUUUGUGUCCGUGGCCGAUGAGAAGUUUGACUUUGACAUUUCACUUUCACCUGCGAGUUCUAAAGGAGAAGAGGAUGAAGAUGAAGUCUUUGUUGGUCCAAUCCAGCACAAGGAGCGCUGCAUUGCCGUUGGCGUGGAGGCGCAGCUGAAGGACAGCAUCAGCAGUGGUCCAUCGGUGGGGGAAGAGUCCAGCUGGAGUCCCCUCACAGUGGACAACUUUGACGAGAUCAGCAAGGAGGCCCAGCUGGUGGUCAGCCACUUGGACAGCAGCCUGCAUGGGUCGUCCAGAUCCCAGGAGGCUCGCCUCGAGGAGGAGGCCGAAUUCACUCCAGCUAGGGAGAGAUUUGCAGCAGAAAGUGCUGCCAAACGGAGGCUCAGCCCCAUCAAAAGGGAGACAUUUUGUAUUCAGGACAGUCCGCUGAAGCAGCUCCCGCCUGCCAUCCAGCAGCGUCUGAUGAAGGUGAAAGGGUCCGGUGCUGGGGCUGGGGCUGCAACUGGCCCUGGCAAACCUCGCCUCAGCACCUCCAGCCCCAUCAGGCAGCCUGGCGUUGCAGCCCUGCCCAGGAUGGCGCUCAGGAGCAAGACCGGGCUGGCAGGGCCUCGGAGCGUGCUGCCCAGCAGACCUACUGUCCCAGCGGCCACACAGACGCCUGUUAAAAUGAGGCCUGCUCCACCAGACAAACACAAGCUGCAACCUCCAGCCAGAGGUAACUUGGGCCCAAGACGCAGCCUGAGCUGCAGAGCGUCCACCAGAAUGGGCUCCACUGAAGAUCUUCUUUCAGACUCCGCUAGCGUCACCUCAGAUGUCAGCGACACCUCACUCAACACCAGCCUGACUGGGAAGAGAAGUAUCUGUCCGCCCUGCAAGCCUGCACUCAGAAGACCGUCCUCAGUCAGGGCUCCUGUUGCUCAGACGCAAAGAGCGGUGGACAGAAGGAGGAACACGUCAUCCUCCUCUUCCUCGGUGUCCAGCAUCAACUCCAGCACCACUGCGUCUCCCAUGCCCAAAGGUAGCAUCACUGCGUCUCCCAUGCCCAGAGGUAGCAUCACUGCGUCUCCCAUGCCCAAAGGUAGCAUCACUGCGUCUCCCAUGAUCAGAGGUAGCAUCACUGCGUCUCCCAUGCCCAAAGUGAAGCUGAAUUCCUCACUGAACUCUAGUGGCCUCUGUGUCCCUGCUGUCCCUGCUGCUGCCACCACCACCGCCGCCAAGUCCCGUCGCUCAUCAGUCAUGAGUCGAGCCCCAGAGCUGCCCGCAGCCGGCCGCAGGUCCAUCUCCGUCCAGAGCCGGAAGCCCUCGGAACCUCUCACCCGACCUGUCAAGUCCACUCCCUGCAAGAAACCUGACCCCACCCCUGUCCCCACCCCCCGCCAGACUCCAGCACGGCGUAGCAUCGCGCCCGCGUCCAGCGUCUCCAGGGCGGAGUGUGCGGUCAAAGGCAGCUCCAGACUGACUGGUCUCAUCAGCGCAACGCCCACAAAUCCCUCAAAAGGACCCAAUCGAUCAGAAGUUCCAGCAUUUGCAUCUCCGGAUGGCCCACGGAUAAUGAAGCCAAAACGGUUAAUGUCAGCUUGCAGUAUGGAAAAUUUAGCACUGAAACCAGGACACCCUGCUGGACUCCAGACGCCCUCUGCUGACAGAGAUAAGUUAUUGCCUCCGUCCAAGAUGAGAAGACUGUCUGCACUGCCCACCCCAAGCGGCCGCCGUGUUUCUGCUGCCCCCAUACAGACGCCCAAGAGUGCUGCCCAGCCCAGAUUUCUCCAGAGAACAGAGUCCUUACACGCCCCCUCCAGGAAGGCCCUUUUAAAGAGUCCAUCACAAGCGGAGGAGAUUCCGCUCGGCCCCCAGGAGGCUAUGAAGGCGGAGUCCAGUGAUGACCCUGCUGGUGUGGACAGGCCAGAGCUCGGCGGCUCCCUCAUCAUCUCCCUGGAGACGGACGCCGAGUCCCAGACAGCGCCACCCUCUGACCCGGCCCCAGAGGUCCCUGAGCCGGUCAACGAGCCGGUCAGCAAGCCGGUUGAGCCGCUUCUGGUGAACAUUGAGCCCCAGUCAGUCCCAGAGGAGGAGAAGACCAAUGACCAGACUCAGCUGGAUGUAACCCAGGGCCAGAAGAUGACGGAGGUCCUACUGAUGGAUCUGCCGGCUCCUACACUGACCCCUGAUGAGAAGCUCCUCAUUGACCUGUCCAACACCCCCGACCUCAUCAGAACAACCUCCAUCAAGGCCACUGGACAUCAGUUAAUUGACCUCAGCUCACCGCUCAUAAAAUGGAGUCCUGAUGACAAGAAGGAAAAUGUGGUGAAUGAAGCUCCGCUGAUCGACUUGUCCUUCUAACUGGCGCAUGAGGCGCGGCUGAUAGACUUGUCCUUCUAACUGGCGCAUGUGAUACAAAGAGCUCUUAGUUGAUCAAGAUAUUCUGGAAAAAAGAUACAGUAUGAAGAUGCAGUGGCUUUUAGUUUGACACCAUGUGGUUCACCUUUUAAUGAAAAUGCAGAUUACUGUACUGUCAGUGCAAUAUUUUACUGUGAGCAAUUUCCAAUAUUAUUGCAGGUACAGCCUUUUGAUUUAUUUGUCUGUGUGUCUGUUUAUGUCUCUGUGCUGGUUGCCUUGAUUUCUCUGAAUGUGCAAAUAAAUGUUAAGAUAUCCGUAAA